UCCUUGAUUCAGUUGGGCUUCUACAACGCCACAAUCCACAAAUAAAAAGGACUUCGAUUUUAUCUCUUAGUACCGGAAAAUGGAAGAAUAAUCCGGACGGUGUUAGAAGAGUUAAUGGACUCGUUGUCUUUACAAUCUCAUCUCAGUUUGAGGAGCUCAACCAGUACAUACCCAGCAAGAAAACCAGGAAGUGCAGUUCCUGAAUUUGUAAGAUUGCAUAAAGGUCCUUCAAAAUCCAGAUAUUUACCACAAAGGUAUUGUAUGGCCACUGCAAGUAGGGAGGGGUUGAACGGGAUAGGAGAAGGCGAUGGAGUUAUAAUUGUGGAUCAUGGUUCCCGCAGAAAUGAGUCCAAUCUUAUGCUAAAUGAAUUUGUAGCAAUGUUUAGGGAGAGGACAAAAUACCCAAUUGUAGAGCCUGCACACAUGGAGCUAGCAGAACCAUCGAUCCGAGAUGCAUUUAGUUUGUGUGUUCAACGAGGAGCACGUCGAGUAAUUGUGAGCCCAUUUUUCCUUUCUCCUGGACGACACUGGAACCAGGAUAUUCCUUCUUUAACGGCUGAAGCUGCAAAAGAACAUCCAGGAGUAUCAUAUGUCAUUACAGCACCUCUUGGUCUUCACGAGUUACUUGUCGACGUUGUGAAUGAUAGAAUCAAGCAUUGCUUAAAUCAUAUUGCUGGGAAAGCAGACGAGUGUUCAGUUUGUGCUGGAACAGGAAAAUGUCAGCUCCGCCAGUGACAUACUUAUGAAGCUUAGCUAGGCUUUGUUAUGUAGAAAGAAUCUAUUGCUGAUGGCAGUUGAUUUAGUUGGGUCUGGCUGGCUGAGUGAUACUAUACCGCUUCUUGAAAGGGAUAAAUGAUAAUGGUCAAUUAUCUCUCCCGCAACUCAAGCAUCCAAGUGCUCAUGAGAACUUUGAUAUUUGGGAGUUAGUAAUAGCAUUUCAACUACAAAUGUCGACCGCAGGGUGCUUAGUUUCUCCACUCAGCUGAUGGAGAGUUGGGAGAGCAAAGCUGCAUUUCAGAUUAUCCUUGUCUUCUUUAAAUAAAUUUUCCUAGUGUUGUAAAAUACUUCAUGUGUUCACUCAGAAUAUGUACCUCCAAACAAUUAUAACUUAUAAGUUGCCUUCCUUUCUUUGUAAUCACAGUUGGCCUCUUUAUUCCUCAACAGUUUUGGUUUGAGACCAUUGCAGUC